CUCCUGCCCGUUUUGCAGUCAAGCCUUCGCACGCCGCGAUGUUCUUGUUCGCCACCUCAAGACCUGCAAGGCGAAACCCAACACCAAAACCGCGUCCAGCCUGAUCGCAGUUCAGCAACGGGGCCGCAAGAGGAAGUCUUGUGAUUCCUGUAUACGUCAGAAGAAAGGCUGCAAUGGCACUCAACCGUGUCUUCCGUGCGCGCACCGGAAGCAGACAUGCGUUUACACCGAUCGUAUAAGUACUAAUCAAAAAGCUGCAACGAGUAGUCGGUCUGAUGUCGAACAAUGGCUGCAGCGUACGCACGAUGAAGCAAAUGAACGUGAGCUCGGAGCUGAAGACGCCGUGUCGGUCUCGAUGCCCAACGAUAACACAACGCCUAAUCCACAUGACUGGCCUCCAAUCGAACCCUUCUCGGAUCCUAGCCCCGAAUCGCAGACGUACACGUACGAUGCGACUGACGACUUACCGCUGCCGAAUGGUACCACUAAUCGUGGUGACUGGACUUUGGAGCCCAACGUGCGCCGCCUCGAGUUCUUGUCGAAUUUCACCGAUACGAAAGGUCUUGCGAGCUCGUUUGAUUGCGGAAGUCUAGAACAGCGUGCUAUGUUUAUCGAUUGUCUGGGUUACCAGUAUGUCGACUCGCAGCUUGACGCAACAGUGGCCGAAAAGUCUCAUCACAUUGUCGCGGCCAUCGAACGCAGUAGCGAGCUGCUUGCUCGGAGAACAGGUUCUGAUUUAGGUUGGCCCGAAUCUCUCAAAACUGCCUGCUAUGAUUUCUUUACACCUUCCCAGCUGCAAUUCCACCUGGCCGCAUAUUGGGCAUUGUGGCAUCCGAAUUGUCCGAUCAUUCACAAACCAACUUUCGCCAUUGCCGAAUCCCCUUCGACGCUCCUCGCGGUCAUGGCCUUACUCGGAGCAUGCCUCAGCCCCGUAACAGGUCAUCGAGAAUCUGCCUUGCUUUGGCUCGAUGCGGUUGAAGAAUGGGUAUUCUCAGCACCUGAACUGACAGACGAUCCACUGCAAACGGACAGCAGCGCGCAUAAUUUCGCAAAGCUUCAAGAACGCCUAGACGCGCUGAGAGCAGCAUAUUGUGUGAUCUUGCUACAGACCUGGGAAGGCGCCGAGGCAGCGAAACGAAGAGCCAGACGUUCUCGCUAUACGGACAUCAUCGGCAUCUUUAGAAGCGUCUGCAAUGAAGACAUCUCCCAUGGGGACCUCUCGCGCUACAUUCAAGGCCCAUCGAGAGUUCAGGCAUGGAAAGAGUUUGCUCUCAGAGAGGAGCUGAUACGCACAUUGACAUACGUUGUGCUCCUCGACACAGCAUACGUCAUCUUCAACAACACUCCACCACGCAUGGCUCCAGGCGAAGCUCGAUUCUCGUUGUCCUGCCCAGAACUUUGCUUCCAAGCGGAUAAUGUGUCAGCCUGGUCUGAUGCCAUUCAGUCAUAUGCGCUCUCUGAGCUCGGUCAACGACAGCCGCUGGUACAUCAAGUUCUUUCGAUGCUGUGGGCGGACAGUCUAUCAGAUGCAGAUGAGGUUCUACUUCGCUCAAUGAGCUCGUUGAACCUCUUCAUUCUCGUUCAUCCACUGCACGUACAGCUUUUCCAUGCUCGUUGUCACCCGCUACCAACAAGUCAAACUGCCCUUGUGAGACGAGCUCUCGACGCUUGGAGAAGGAUCUGGUUGGAGAGAAGUGAUCCGCCUGGUCUUGAAGAGAGGACACCAACUCGUGCUGCUGACUGUUGGAAGAGACUUGGUUUCGCCAGGCACGCCCCAGAAUUCUGGUGUCUGGCAGACUUGAUUCUGAACAGCUCGGAGAGCAUGCACGCGCAAUCCUACGAUCAAACCAACGGAUUCGCUGGCAAGAGCUUGAUCAGCCAGCUGCUCAGUCGGUACGACGAGUCGGAUAUGAGCCAAGUACACAAGCUGGUUGAUCUAUUUGGAAGCAUGCAGCUGGCCACGUGAGAAGGCACCCUCCUUCGCUGGGCUCGAUAUGCUGACGCUUGAUUUUCGAUAUAACAACCAUAUCAUUGGCCACGAAUCUGUGUGGCAAUACCUCCUACAGAACAUCAGGUGACUGUGUAACAGCCAUUCUACGUGUGGGGAAUUUUCCGACGACACGCUUCCCACUUUCGGCAGGACCCCUCACGACGAUCAAGCUGGUGCGCCCAGAGUAUUCAGAGAUCUAAGUGCCGAACCACUGGAGGACGGAGCAGUACUGCCGCGUACAAUGGUGAACAUAUAAGAAUCGUCGUAUGCCUCUGAGUGGUACCUGUCCCCUCUAGCUCUACCCCAGUCUCAAUUCCACCAGCAAAUCUGUCACAAUGAAGCAAGUCGAUGAACUACAAGGCGAAGAUGGCAGC